AACGUCACUUCCGCCCCGGCGCAGCCGCGGGCCAUCGCUUCCGGGUUUCCGGUAGAGGCCAGAAGGCGGUGGCGGAGAGUUGCAGGUUGUUUGAAGAUCUGGAUCUCUUUAAAUACAGCUGGGUUGGCUGAAACUGUCCUUGUACAGAAACUAUGAAGAAACUUUUUCCAUAAAACUUCUAACAUGACUGAGGCCAUGACAUCUUCAACAAACUUAGAUACUGGGGCCCAGCUAAUUGUAGAAGAAUGUCCCAGUAGCUACAGCCUUCUGCCCAUGCCGGAUAUCAAAGUGGAGCAUCAGCUUGACUCUAGUGCAGAGGAAGGCCCAGCACAGAGUGUCGCCAUGGGAAUGAAAUUCAUUUUGCCCAAUAGAUUUGAUAUGAAUGUCUGCUCACGAUUUGUGAAAUCUUUGAAUGAGGAGGACAGUAAAAACAUUCAAGACCAAGUUAACUCUGACCUUGAAGUGGCAUCUGUCUUAUUUAAAGCUGAAUGCAACAUCCACACUUCUCCUUCCCCUGGAAUUCAAGUAAGACAUGUUUAUACUCCAUCCACUACUAAGCAUUUCUCACCAAUAAAACAAUCAACUACACUAACUAACAAACACAGGGGAAAUGAAGUCUCCACAACACCUCUGCUUGUAAACUCUUUAUCAGUUCAUCAGCUGGCUGCUCAGGGAGAAAUGUCAUAUCUGGCCACACGUAUUGAACAAGAAAAUGUAAUCAAUCAUAAGGAUGAAGAAGGAUUUACUCCUCUGAUGUGGGCUGCAGCUCAUGGGCAGAUAGCAGUUGUGGAAUUUCUCCUCCAGAAUGGUGCCGAUCCUCAGAUUUUGGGGAAAGGGCGAGAAAGUGCCCUCUCGCUGGCUUGCAGUAAAGGUUAUACAGAUAUUGUCAAAAUGCUGCUCGACUGUGGAGUUGAUGUCAAUGAGUAUGACUGGAACGGAGGCACACCUUUGCUGUAUGCAGUACAUGGGAACCAUGUGAAAUGUGUAAAAAUUCUCCUUGAAAGUGGUGCUGAUCCAACUAUUGAAACAGAUGCUGGCUAUAAUUCCAUGGAUUUGGCUGUAGCCUUGGGCUAUCGGAGUGUUCAACAGGUUAUUGAGUCUCAUUUAUUAAGGCUACUUCAAAAUAUCAAGGAAUAAUGGUUGGCUCUUCUGCAGGUGUCAGUUCUUGGCUUGGACAUUUGAACUGCUUCUUAGCACAGUAAUCAGUGACAAGGGUUGGUUGUAACUUAGUUGUAAGGGUUUGUAACUUUACCUCAGUUCAACUACUUGCUGGUUUUAGUUAAGUUUUUUAAUAGUCUUACAAUGUGCUGUCAUCUUUUUCCUAAAUAUGUUUUAUAUAAUUUUAGAAGAAAAAGUGAGUUGUCAUGCAUGAAAAACUUUGUAAAUAAAACCAGUUUUGACUAUUUAAAUGUUUACAUGGACUGCAGUGGGUGUCAUCACAUCAUUGAUAGAUACUCACAGGAAGAAAUUUUAGAAAUUUAGAUGAGGUAUAUCACCAUAGAAGAUAGAUGUCUUUACUGUUAAUAAUACCAAAAUGUGCACUGUGUGUGAUUGUUUUCAUGAUCCUCAGUUAAUAUUACUGUUUCAGCUUUUGGCUUUGUACAGUUUUUAUGAAGUUGGUAAUAAAUUGAAGGAUGGUGGUUUAAUUCCUCCUUGAUUUCUUCUGACUUACUUCUGCCUUCCUCUUGUAGUCCUGAAACAACUAGGCCACAAUGUCCUAGACAGAAAUAUCUUUGGUAUAAGGAAGCCUAGUUGCAAGUCCAGAAUUCCUAGCUCUUUAAUAUCCUCCAUGCAGUGGCUGAAAGCAGAGAACAGCUGUAUAAGGAGAGAAUCCAGAGCCUACUGCCUUCCAGCUUUUUUCAACCAAAGUGUGGUUCUUUGCAUCAUAGAAUGAUGAGUUGGAAGGGACACACUCAGAGGAUCAGAGUGUCCAACUCCAGUUCCUCACAGGACUACCUAAAACUAAACCAUAUGCCUAAGAGCAUCAUGCAGGCACUCCUUGACCUCUCACAGGCUUGGUCCUUUGACCACUUGCCCGGGGAGCUUUUCCCAGUGACCAGCUGCCAUCUUUUCAAUGAAUGACCUUUUCCCAAUGCCCAGUCUGAACUUCCUCUGACUUGUCCUUAUUCCAUCUCCUCAUGCCCCAUUGUUGGUUACCAGAGAGCAGAUCAGCACUUCCUCCUGCACUGCUUCCCAUUGAGGAGAGUGUAG